AUGGCCUCUCCUAAUGAUCAUGAAUUCUAUUCAAGAAUUCAAAACAAAGAGCAUCUAAACAUCCUAAACAAUCAAACCACAAAACCUGUUGAAUUGAAAAAAAUUGAAAUUAAAGGUGGUGAAUUUUCUGAUAAAUAUUAUGAAUCUUUAUUAUCUCCAUUAAUUAACCAAUCAUCAAAUUCAAUUGCAUUAAAAGAUUUAAAAAAUGAAUUGGUUUUGAUCAAAGAGAAAUUAGAAUAUUCAGGAUUAUUUCAGAAUAUUUCAAUUGAUGUUGAUCUUGAUAAAUCUAGUACACCAAAAUUAUCUAAAAAUGAUUUAUUAAUUGAAGGUGCAAUUCCAAUUAAUGCUAAAAUUAAUUUAUCACAAUUACCAAUCUCGAAACUUUCAACAUAUUCAUCAACAACUGAUCAUGAUGCAUCAUCAGGGAUUCGUUAUUUAGAUCCAAAUUUUUUCAAAAAUGCAUCAACUUUAUUAGUUGAUAUUAAUGUUAAUUAUGAUCCUUUCCAAAAUUUAUUAAAUAAAAAAAUAUGGGAUUUAACAAUCUUAACACCAUUCCAAAAUUCACCAUCUUUAAAAUUUGUCUUGAACCCUUGUAUAUCACUUAUAGAUGCUAAAUCAUGGGCAUCACAUACUCAAUUCAGUAAAGGUGGAUUAAUUGGUGUUCAAAAGACUUGGUUAUCCAAAAAUAAAACACCUAUUUUGUUUACAAAUGGAUUAUCAAUAGCUCAUAGAAAUAUUGGAGAUGUCUUGAAUAGUGCAUCAGAUUCUAUUCGUAAUGAUGCUGGAGAUGAUUUUAAAAUUGGGUUUCAAAGUAAUUUGAAAAUUGAUACAAGAGAAUUCUUGGGUGCAUUCCCAUUGAAUGGGAUAAAAUUUGAUUUGAUUAAUGAAUUUGCAGGUUUUAAUAGUGUUGAUAAUUCAUCAACUUCAUCAAAUGUUGAAAAAGAUUUAGAGUUGGAAAAAUUUAACAAGACAAUUUUAAAAUUUGAAAAAAAUUCAUCAUUUUGGAAUAAUAAUUUCACAACAAGUUUUGAUUUUAAUGUUGGAUCAAUCUUCCAAUUAGAUUCUAAUAAAUCUAAUGAUCAAAUUCAUAUAUCUGAUAGAUUUUUCCUUGGGGGAUUAAACUCAUUAAAAGGGUUCCAUUUAAACAGUGUUGGUUUAAAGAAUGGACAUGAUUAUAUUGGAGGUUCAUCUUUUUUCAAAACUGGAUUCACAUUCUAUUCCAAAAUUCCAAAUACUAAAAACUCAUCACCUUUAAGAUUAUAUAAUUUCAUUAAUCUUGGUGAUGUUUAUAAUUUCAAAUCAAUUGAAUCUUUUACUAAAUUGAUUCAAAAUGGUGAUAUUAUUGGGAAAAGUGCAAUUGCCACAGGUGUUGGUUUAAGUUAUAGAUCAAAUAGUGCUAUUGUGGAUCUAUCUUAUAGUGUUCCGCUAAGUUCAAGAAGUCAAGAUCGUGCUAAACCAGGUGUUUCAUUCUCUGUGGCGUUGAACUUUUUUUAA